AACUCUCAGUACCUCAGCGAAUUGGAUGAUCUUAGAUCACAGCUUUCAGUCACUCAAGCAACUGCUGAUGCCAGUGCUGCAUCAGCUCAGUCAGCACAGCUUCAGUGUUUAGCACUUAUAAAGGAAUUGGAUGAGAAGAAUAGUUCACUGAGAGAGCAUGAGGAUCGUGUAACUAGGUUAGGAGAGCAACUAGAUAAUUUGCAGAAGGAUCUCCAGGCAAGGGAAUCUUCCCAAAAGCAGCUGAAAGAUGAGGUCUUGAGAAUUGAGCAUGAUAUCAUGCAAGCUGUUGCUAAGGCAGGAGCAAACAAGGACUGUGAGCUCAGGAAACUGUUGGAUGAGGUUUCUCCCAAGAAUUAUGAAAAGAUUAAUAAACUUUUGAUUGUUAAGGAUGAAGAAAUAGCCAAACUGAAAGAUGAAAUCAGGAUUAUGUCUGCCCACUGGAAGCUCAAAACCAAGGAAUUGGAAUCUCAGUUAGAGAAACAGCGACGAGCUGAUCAGGAACUGAAAAAGAGGGUGUUGAAAUUGGAAUUUUGUCUCCAGGAAGCUCGUGCUCAGACACGAAAACUCCAAAGGAUGGGAGAGCGCAGGGACAAAGCUAUAAAAGAACUUCGAGAUCAGCUGGCAGCAAAACAACAAUGUGGAGCUGGGGGUGCUGAGAAACAGAAUUUCUGGGAAACCUCUGGUUUCAAGAUUGUAGUUUCUAUGUCAAUGUUGAUCUUGGUGGUGUUUUCAAAGCGGUGAUUUCAUCUUGUUAUGUAGGUGUUGUGUAUAAUGAAAUACCUGAAGAGUUUAGGAAAGCCGUAGAGCCAUUGCCCUUGUAGAAAGGCUUGUGGAUGUAGUACAGAAUCUCAGUAUCAGUCGAAAUACCAUCAAUCCUUAUGGUGGUGAUUUCACUGCUAGGCCUAUAACAUGCAUGAGAAUUGCUCUUACUUUUUCCUGUA